AUGGCUGCUGCAAAUUCAACUAUGAAUGAGCCAUGCAAAUUAUGUGAGAAAGGGAAAUAUAAAUGUCAAGGUUGCCAUCUAUCCUGUUGUAAACGACAUUUCGACGAACAUAGACAACAGUUGGCACGUCAAUUUGACAAAGUCAUUUAUGAGCAUGAUCUUCUACAUGAAUUGCUCAAUCCAAAACCGUCGAUCAAUAACGACAAAACCGAAGGUGAUUUACUGCAAAAAAUCGACAAUUGGGAAGUUGAAACAAUACAAAAAGUAAAAUAUGCAGCUCAACAUGCUCGGGAAAAGAUGAAACAACUAAUGAAACAUCCAGAGGAGCGAAUCCACAAAGAAUUCUGUUUGAUUACAAAUGAAUUGAAACAGAGUAGACAAGAUGAUGACUACUUGGAACCAGAUUUCGAGCGGUGGUAUCAGCAAUUGCGAAAGUUGAAACAACAACUCCAGUCCACAAGUGAUAAAAUUCAGAUAAAUACACGAAAGAGUGACGCAAUAGACUGGUCAACAUUGAUUAAAGUAGAUACAAUAAAUGAAUCUACUGCAGCAACUGGCAAGAAGGCUUCAGACAUAAACAUAAAGCCAGUACGUAUGUGUGGCAUUGAUUUGUACCAAAUAAAGUAG